AUGCAGUGGAAGAAAGAUGACUUAUUCGAAGGGCUUCGCAAGUUGCCGCGUACCCCGGGGGAACUGUUCGGUCACCGAAACAAACUCAAUUUUAUUCUGCAGAAGCGGUUCUUCAUAGCACCGGAUAUGGUUGAAUUAGCGCUUAAUCGGCAGAAUGGUGAGCAGUUCAACCGGUGCUACGCUAAACUAGUAAUGCAGGCUGUAGCGAAGUUUAACAACACCACCCGCAGUCAACUGAAGGUUCGCGUCGACCCCCGACUUCCGAAGGGACUGCAACUCAUUCAGCCAGAUGACAAAGAUACCGGAGCAAACUUGAAAUCCAAGAAGUCAGAGAAAGCAGCAAGCGGGCGUUUAAAUGCAUUUAGCAACACAACUUCGGGGCAACAACGAAAACCUCAACAGCGUCAGCAGUCGCGGUAUUGCAGUCCCCAAAGCGGUGGAGUAUCUCCACGAGUAGUGAUGCCAAUCGACCCAGCCGAAAGGGAUUGUCUCUACGCCACUUAUCUUAGAGCUCGGACCCCACAAAGUGGUACACCUGAUUAUUCGGAUAUGAUGCUACAGAGCCCAAGCUGUGCAACUGAUGGUAAAACAACCAUGUUUUCUGAAGAUGGGUCGAGCGCUCUGCGGUCAGCGACGCGCCGCUCCGCGGGUGAUGUCCAUUUUGCUACUCCACCGGUAUUUAAGGGGUUUGAAAGAACACUUGAAUUGACGCCAGCUGACUCUCCUACCGAAAGUUUACCUCUGCAUUUCUAG